AUGUCGGAAAACAUAACAGCUAACUCCAUUAGCCCUCAGUCAGCAGUUCUAGGUAUAUUCCUGGGGGGCAUUUCACUGAUCACUGUUGUCAUGAACCUAUUAGUACUAUAUGCUGUGAAAACUGAAAAAAAGCUGCAAACAGUUGGCAAUUUAUACAUUGUCAGCCUCUCUGUUGCAGAUCUGAUAGUUGGGGCAGCUGUUAUGCCCCUGAAUAUUUUUAAUCUCCUAUGUCGUAAGUGGACUCUAGGCUCCCCAGCCUGUUUGUUCUGGCUGUCAAUGGAUUAUGUGGCGUGCACUGCAUCCAUUUUCAACCUCUUCAUAUUGUGCAUUGACCGUUACCGUUCAGUUCAGCAACCACUGAAGUAUCUCAAGUAUAGAACAAAAAUGAGAGCAUCACUGAUGAUAUUGGGGGUCUGGUUGCUGUCUUUCCUGUGGAUCAUUCCAAUCCUAGGAUGGCACGCUUUUGCUAAUAACAGGGGAUGGAAAGAAAUAGGAGACAAGUGUGAAACCGAAUUCUCUCAUGUCACCUGGUUUAAAGUGUUGACAGCCAUUGUCAAUUUCUACAUACCCUCUAUCUUGAUGUUAUGGUUCUACUAUAAAAUAUUCAGAGCUGUUCAAAAACACUGUCAACACAGAGAGCUCAUCAGUGGGCCAUAUCAGUCCUCCUCAGAAAAAACCUCCACACAUCAUAGUCAAACAAAGGAUGAGCUAAAUAUUUGCCUCGAAAAGCAAAUCUUAGAUGAGAACUUGCCUCCCAAGGACAAGCAAAGUUCCCCUCAGCCCCAAAAUACAGAGGUAGAGCUUCGUUUCAGUAACCCUGAGAAGACUUCAAUGGCACUUGCUAGUAAGAGUAAUAGAAGAGUCCUUAAAUGGAGCUGUUUUCCACUCCCCACUGCCCAGUCAGAGCCAAGCCUGGAUAAAGCAGGAAAGAAGGAAGUACAUGGAACAAAAGAGAAGGAAAUUGAAGAGGAGCCUUGCUCGCAAGACAGUGAUUUAAGUGAUGCAUCAGACAACCAUACUUUCACAGAGGUAACCGGCACUAGCAGUGCAAGAGCCUGUGGUCCUCAGGAAAAGACAGAGAACACAGAUUCCAGAGGCCUGACUUACCUGAGAAAAACCUGGCAAAGUCUGCAAGGCCAUCCCAAAAUGCACACUCAAGGACUGCAUGGGAACAGGGAGAGGAAAGCAGCGAAGCAGUUAGGUGUCAUAAUGACAGCCUUCAUGCUGUGCUGGAUUCCCUAUUUUGUAAUAUUUAUGGUAACAGCUUUCCGUAGUCAUGAACAGUUUCCAAUACUACACACAUUCACUGUAUGGCUUGGCUAUGUGAACUCCACCUUAAACCCAUUCCUGUAUCCUCUUUGUAACCAGAACUUCAAGAAGACAUUCAAAAAGAUCCUUCACCUUCACUGA